AUGGCAGACGUUCUGAGGACACUGUAUGCCACUCUGAUGGUUCUGUCCAGCGUGGCCUCCAUCUGUGGGAACUUCCUCCUCCUGCUGGUGCUCCUCCUCAACAAAGAGCUUCGGUCCGACACGCUGGGCCUCGUCCUGAGCUUCAGCCUAAGCGACCUGGCCCUUGGACUCUCCACCAUCCCCUUUGGAGUCCACAACAGCCUCUCCCGACCCUCUGGAUACCCCAGUGAGGGUGCCUUCUGUCAGGGCAGUGGCUUCAUCUUCCUCCUCCUGCAGACUGCCUCCAUCCACUCGCUCACUUGGGCGACUGUAGACAAGUUCACAGAGAUCUGCUUCGCCCUCAGCUACGGCAGCAUCUGGACAGCUCGGCGGUGCCGGGCGGUGCUGGUCCUGGUGUGGCUGUUCUGUCUGGUGAACGCCACGCUGCCCCUGCUGGGGUUUGGCAGCUACGUCUACAGCGAGUCACGGUUCCUGUGCUGCCCGAGCUUCACACAUGAUAACAGGUACUUUGUGGUGCUGUGGAUGUUGCUGGGCAUCGUGGCGCCGAUCCUCACCAUGUGCUCUCUGUACGGAUACAUCGUGUACGUGGCCAGGAAACAGGCCCGCAGGGGAACGUUCAUGUGCAACGAGCUGCACUGCUUCUACGUUCCUGCCAACAAUUAUCUGAGGAGCUCCAUCGUGAUGGUCACAACCUCAGUGUGCCUGCUGGUCUGCUGGCUGCCGUACAUCUCCGUGUGUUUGUACGAGACGUUCAGUGGUCAGCAGAGUCCCGCCGUGACCUCCGCCCUCUCUGCCUGGCUUGUUCUGACCAGCGCCGCCCUCAACCCCUGGAUCACCUGCAUGACGCAGACGUAA